AUGGAUUUCAAGACCUCAAAUGAAGAGACAAAGACUGGGAUUUAUUUGAUGCAAGAAGGUAAUGAGGAGCCGUUUAAUAUCCGACUGCACUUGGCUAAAGAUAUUCUGACCAUUCAGGAGCAAGAUGUCAUCUGUGUUUCAGGAGAACCUUUUUAUUCAAGCGAGAGGACUGUAACAAUCCGGAGACAGACCAUCGGAGGGUUUGGCCUCAGCAUUAAGGGUGGUGCCGAGCAUAAAAUUCCUGUGGUGGUAUCCAAAAUAUCCAAAGAACAAAAAGCUGAACUCUCUGGGCUGCUUUUCAUUGGCGAUAGUAUCCUCCAGAUAAACGGAAUCAACGUGAGAAGCUAUCGCCACGAGGAAGUGGUUCAGGUGUUAAGGAAUGCUGGUGAAGAAGUGACCCUCACUGUGUCUUUCCUCAAGAAGACCCCAGCAUUCCUCAAAUUGCCUCUUAGUGAGGACUGCAUUUGCAUCCCUAGCGACCAGAGCAGUGGGACCUCAUCUCCUUUGUGUGAUAGCGGCCUGCACUUGAACUACCAUCCAAAUAACACGGACACGCUGUCCUGCUCGUCGUGGCCCACUUCCCCGGGCCUCCGCUGGGAGAAAAGAUGGGUGGAUCUGCGCCUUCUACCGUUGCUGCACUCUCGCCUCUCCCAGCACGUGCCAGGCUCUGACGUGUGCAGGAACAAUGCUUUCCAAGUGGUUGCUGUGGACGGAGUGUGCAGUGGCGUGCUCCAAUUCCCCUCGGACGAAGACCGUUUGGACUGGCUUCAGGCUGUCGGUGGCAACAUCUCGGCCCUCACUAAGCACAACGUAAAGAAGAUCAACCGGAAUUUUCCAGUCAACCAGCAGAUCAUCUACAUGGGCUGGGCCGACGAGAAGGAGCAGGACUCCGUCCAGGAUCGAAUGUACUCGCCAAAGUUCCUUGCGUUGAGGGGUUCCUCUCUUUUCAAGUUUUCUGCUCCUCCAGUGACAACAUGGGACUGGACCAGAGCUGAGAAAAGCUUUACCGUCUAUGAAAUCAUGUGCAAGAUUUUAAAGGACAAUGAGUUGGUGGACAAGAGAAGGCAUAGCUUCAGUGUGCAGACCGAGAGUGGUGAGGACAUGUUUUUCAGCGUGGAGCUGGAGUCCGAGCUGCUCAUUUGGGAAAAGGCCUUUCAGAUGGCCACAUACCUUGAAGUAGAACGGAUACAAUCUAAAACGUACGCCUGCAUUAUGGAGAGCCACCUAAUGGGACUAACGGUAGACUUCAGUAUGGGCUUUGUGUGCUUUGACGCCGCUUCUAAGGCUGUCCUUUGGAGAUACAAGUUCUCUCAAUUGAAAGGCUCAUCAGAUGAUGGCAAAAGCAAGAUCAAGUUUUUAUUCCAAAAUCAAGACUCCAAAUCUAUUGAGGCAAAGGAGCUGGAGUUCUCCAACUUGUUUGCGGUGCUUCAUUGCAUUCACGCUUUCUUCGCCGCCAAAGUAGCGUGCCUGGACCCCAUGUUUGUGGAGAACCAGGCCACGGCGGCCAACGCUGGUAUUCCUUCACUAGCGAGCAUCUCAUGCAAUUCGCACACUCCCAAGUUGAAAUACAAAAACACUUGA